AUGAAUAUCAAUGAAGAUAAAACGCAAAAUGAUAUUUUAGAAUUAAAUGGCAAUUUAAAUCAAGAAACCACUCGGAAGACUUGGGUGAAAUUUGAUGAUGAAUCUUCACAGACCAAUGAAGAAAUAUCAAAAACUUCAUCACCAAGUACAUCUGUUAUUACACAAAAUCAAGUACCUGCAGUUUUAAAUACCGAAACAGUGCAUGUUAAUUUAGAACGAGGAGACAGAAAUCUCGAAACUCCUCAAGCAGCAGCUAAUAAAAACAUUGAAUUCGUUAACAUACGUUCAGGUUUUUCAAAUGGAGAUCUACUUGUGACAGUUUUACCAGUAAAUGCUAAUUGGCCUUGGAUAACUGCAGCUCGGUUCAGACCUGAAUUAGUUCCCGAGGAGCUUAUGGCACAAGGUUUAACACUAACAGUUGAAGAAUAUGUCCAUGCAAUGGAAUUGCUUGUCAAUGAUGCCCAAAGUGAAGAAGGAAAGACAAUCAUGCAAGGUUGGGAACAACGUUUAGAUGUGUCCGUUAAUGAUAUUGUAAUACAAGGCAGCCAGUCUACAAGGUUAUCUCGAAAACAGGAUAUGGCAGAGCAAGUGUACCUUCGGUACCUACAACGGUGGGGGAAAGACUUCUUGCGGCGUCGGCUGUACUGGACCUUAGAUGAGGAAGCUACUCCUUGGAGAGGGCCGCACUUCUAUUUUUACGAUACGCAGGGCGGUGGGGAGCGCAUGCCGUCAAAAACAGGC